GAUCGCGUAAUGUUUUCAUAUUUAAUAUUCAUCUCUUCUAUAUUCUAUUCAUCAUCUACCAUUUCAUUAUCGUUGUCACUUAUUCAUCCAUCUAUUAUCGCCCAAUCUACAAAUCCAUCUCUGGAACAUUUGUAUGGUAUUUUACCAUUCAAACCAUGUAUCGUUCGGCUUCAUUGGAUCUUCCCGAUGAUACAACAAGAAUGCCUCCACCAAGUAGAAUCGGAGGCAGAGCUGCAAUCAGAAAUGCGACGCCGCCCGUUCUUAAGCUGUCUCGUCCUACUGAAAACGUCUCAAUUUUGCCAAACACACCCAUAUUGACUCGUCCAACUCAUAACAAUUCAGUAUUUGGUGAUGUUGAGAAGGUUUCAAACCCCGCAGAUUCCACAAGUGUCAAUACCAAACUUGUUGAACCAGCUGAGGCUGUUGAGAAUGAUUCUACUGCCAAAAGAAGAAUUGACGGAGUCGAUAUGCGCCCUUAUAAGAAGACUUGUUUGCUUGCAUCAUUCUCCGAAACCGUGAAAUUGAUUGUUGGGCCCGUCGUAAUGUCCAAGACAUUUGUUGUUCAUAAGAACAUUCUUUGUGCUGCAAGUCCCGUUUUUGAGGCUAGCUUCAAACCUGAGUGGCAGGAGGGAGUAGAUGCCACCAUGAAGCUACCCGAAGACGACCCAAGAUACUUUGCGCCACUGGUAUAUUGGAUCUACAACAAUGAAAUUGUCUAUCCUCAAGGAUGCUCAACAAUUGAAGGGCUAGCUGAGGUCUACCAUUUGGCAGAGAAAUAUUUGAUGCCACGACUCCAGAACGAUCUGAUUGAUUCUUUGGUUUAUGAAACUGUCACCAUCGACCGAAUUUUCUUGCCAGAGAGUAUAAAUUCAAUUUUCAAAAACUCCCCAGCAGCAUCAAAGCUUCGCCUUUUUGUGGUCAACUCUACUUUGAAAAAUUGGGUUUUGGCUAAGCACUUCAAAAGCAAGCCAGGAGAUCUCUGCGCAGACUUCCUUUUCGAAAUAUUCAGCGCUUUUGCUGAGGAUCCGAGGGCAGGCCUGAAAGAAACUUUCUUAGAUUCCGAGAAUCAGUAUUGUGAGCUGUAUCACAUCCAUGAGGCCGAAGAGCAAGGAAAGUGCAAAGCUCUCAAACUCCCCGACCACGUAGUGUCGGGUUAAGUUGAUUGAAAUGCGUGGACAUUUGCUUCAGAUUCUUAGAACAUGUAUCUCGCCAGAUUAGCUAUUUUUAACAAUCACUACACUUCUUUGAUUUUCUACGCAGCCAUGAACCCAUUAUCUUUGCAUUUCCAACAUAAUCAGCCUCUCAAUGCAUCAAUGAAGACGUGACCAUUGAUCGCCAGACUUUGUCUCCAAUGGAAUUGCCUGGUGAGUAUCGUUGGAUGUUCUUUAAAUAAAACCUAACA